AUCGACUGACAGCUGUUGAGUGUGUUUGCGUUUUCUCUGUUGUGUACACGUUUCGUAACAAUUCCGAAAUGGGAACUCGCAAAAAGGGACUGGAAUUUGCCAAGCACAUCAGCGAAAUUAUAGCCAAGGCAACAGGAUUCGAAAAGCACUUGGAAAAAGUGAAAAUUAUUGGCGGUGGCGAUGGAGUUUGCACCGCAGAGUUCACAGUGGACAAGGAGCAUCUCAACAAGGGCGGCGGUUUGCAUGGCGGCUACAUGGCAACACUGGUGGACAUGGUGACCACCUAUGCACUGAUGUCAAAGCCCUGCCAUCCAGGCGUAUCGGUGGACAUUAAUGUCAGUUACUUGAAGGGAGCACGGAUUGGCGACGAAGUUGUUAUCGAGGCUAAUACGCUGCGUGCUGGCAAGAAUCUCGCGUAUAUCGAUUGCGUGCUGAAACAUAAGAAAAACAACGCUGUGAUUGCCAAGGGCACACACACCAAAUACGUGAACUUUGAGUAGUAUGUGUGUGUGAGUUCUGUGACAACCCAACAAGCCAGGAGGCGGGAGUAUCGCAUAAUAAUCGCAUUCGAGUUCGCAAACGAUAUGAGCAGGGAAAAUAUCGCAAAACUAUCGUACUAACCCAUGAACUGAAACAGGUUGCUAUUUAAUGUGCUUUAUUUAUUACAUGUGUAGCAGUAAAUGUUAAGUUUAAUUCUUUGUUAAUUAAUUAAUUGCUUUUGCUCUUGCUUUGUGUGAUCGAGUGAGUGUGUGUGUGUGCGUUAUCGAUUAGGAUUAUUAGUCGGAUGCGUUCCAAUGUAAUGUCGUCUUCUGUGAAGGAACUGAUCCUUCAAUUGGGAAAUUGGAUGUGGCUACUAAGAAUUAAGGGGCUGUUCUUUUUUUUUUGGUUUGAAUACUUCGUUAAGUCGAUAUGCAAAAUGUGCCGGCGUCGCUCAAUUCACCACCGGCUUGGCAGCACUCUUUGAGCUGGGCAUGAUGGGGCAGUGUGGACAACACGCUUCGGGAGGAGUCAGUGGCUCAAUGCCAGGCGGGCAACUGACCUCGCCGCACUGUUGACGCAAGCAAUUGACCUGGCCGUGGAAGCAAUUGCACUUGGUGCACACAUCCGGCGUCCAGACUUCGUUGUUCAGCCUGGUGGUGCCAUUGUCAUCGACGCAGUGGCUACGCUUGGGCUUCACAGCCGCCGCAGGAGCUUGGGCAGCGGGCGCUAGCUGAACAAUCUGUGGCACUGGUUCGGCCUCCUCGAGUUUGCGCAAUUUCUUGUGCAACUUCUUUAGCUCCUUCUGGAAGCUACCGAUGAGCUCUUCCAAGCCGCUCACACGUUCCUCGUUCACCUGGUACAGUGCCUCCAAGGCGCUGUCAUAGCUCUCGGGAGUGGGCACCUCCUGUUCCAGUUGCUGCACGUUACGUUUGCUGCGCUGACUACGCUUGGUGUAAGUCUGCGGGAUAUAUUUGUCAAAGAUGGAUGGCAGACUGUUGCAUCUGCUGCAUUCCUGCCACAGAUACAAAUUGAUGCCGGGUAUAUCCUCGCACUGCUUGUAGCCACCCUGAUGUUUGGCCAGUAUGAACACAUUCUCGGUCAUCUCCUCGAAAUUGUCGCCCACAUCGCACAAGACGCGUCCCAGGUUCGACUGCUUGAUCUGCACCAG